AGAGAAAGAGGUAAACAGGUAAAAAAGAAAAACAUGACUGCAGAAUUGCACAAAGGCUCCAUGUAUGUAGAACAAGACUCCGAAUCUUUCAAUAAUGGUGGUGUUCGAAUGAACCGUGACGACGAUGGUCAUCCCAAAAGAACAGGGACUUGGGUAACCGCAAGUGCUCAUAUCAUCGUAGCCAUGAAUAUUGGUUCCGGUUUGCUGUCUCUGGCAUGGGACAUGGCUCAGCUGGGCUGGAUAGCUGGUUUCGGCGUUCUCAUGGCUUUCUCCUUCAUCACCUACUUCAUCUCCACUCUUCUGGCGGACUGCUACGAGUCUCCUGACCCCGUCACCAGAGAAAGAAACUAUACUUACAUGCAUGCCAUCGCAGCCCACUUACGGCGGUCAAAAGAUCAAGCUGCUUCCUCCACCAUGGUCACCACGCUUCCAGCAACCCUUUCAUGAUAAUCUUUGCAUGUAUUCAGAUCCUUUUGAGUCAAAUCCCCAUUUUCCACAAGCUCCCAGGGCUGUCAAUCCUCUCCGCCAUCAUGUGCUUAGCUUCUACGUCCACUGGACUCGGUCUCUCCAUUGCCAAAGUUGCGGGUAACUUAAAAAACAAAAUGCUCCUGG